AUGUUUGCGGACCUAUCGCGAAAAUACGAACAUGUACAGUUUAUGCGAAAAUACCCGGAUGAUGUUCAGGAACCAGCCGUAUUCUCAGCUGAGAUUGGAAUUUGGCGUAGCAAUGUCAAAGGGUGCGGCUACAAACUCGGUCCAAAGGGUCUGCGACGCGAAGGCCCCUUUUUCCCUUACGCCGUCGAUGUUAGCUCUUGGAACGGAGGACCGGGUGGGAGUAACCCAGUGUAUAUACCAAUGCACAGAGACUGCUUUCACAUUGCAUUGAGGUCUCCGCGAUGGGAUAGGACAAGGGCGACUGCCCUGCGAGGGUUGUUCCGAGUACUCCGCCACCGCUUUCAGGUCGCUUUGGAACAGCGUCCCAUGAAUUUCCCCGGGAUCUACGACAAUGACCAAAUAGUAUGGGACCAGUCACGGUGGAAUUUGCCGUAUUCUUCCAUCAACACAAGUGGAUUCCAGAACACGGAAGGAGUUGAGAGGGGCUACUUCAGCACAGAAUGGCUCCACCGCCAGUUUUGGGAGGAGUGCGACUGUCCCAUGAUGUACGAUCCGCUGAAUAUCCCGUCACUGACCGAGACACUCUUGAAGAAUUUGAAGCGUUGCGGUUUUCACAGAGUAUCUAAAGAGACUCGGCUAUUGCGGAAGCACAUUGGAAAUCUGCCCAAUGAGCUAAAACUCAUGAUAUACGAACUUUUGCGAACCGACCUAGACUUGCGAAUGGACUGGGAGUGGCUAUUCAGAGAGCUAUUACAGGGACCCAAGUUGGCCGAAUGUGGAACAGUCCGCCCUGAAUCUGAUUAUGAGACCUUUAAGGGCAUCUUAGACCAUGUCCCACUAGGACUAGAAGGCCGACGACGGGUUUGGAAGCUGCCUGAAAAGGUAGAAAUUGUCCAGCAUAUCCCGGAAGUCCCCGUGUACUGGGGCCCAGAUGGCGAGCCGCUCGGCGAAGCAGAGUUGGGCGCUCUAUGA